AUGACGAUAUACCAAAAGCCGAACGACUCAUUGAGAGAAUGGCUUGCGAGGUAUGGGGAAGCUGUCGCCGCCACAAUGGAUAUAACUGACAGAGAGGCCUCGAUGGGGGCAUUAUCUAGUAUGAAGAAAAUUACUCCCUUCAAGAGAGAGCUGAACCGAAAUCCCCCGUCCAGCUACAAGGAAUUUCUUGCGCGAGCGCAAGGAUACAUCAACGCCGAGGAGGCAGAUGCAAAUGACCCCGAGCACAGGUCCAACAAGAACAAAGGGACUGAACAAGGGUCGACGCCAGCAAAGCAGGAUGGGAAGAAGCGUCGAGGUGGAAGAAGCGGAGACAAGCAGCCAGCUGCGACGUCGAGUGCUCCGGAAGCCAAGAAGCCAAGGCAAGAGGAGAACCGUAAGCCUCGGCUAUUUCAAAGGUACGAUUCCUACCACGAACUGACAGUAGGAGUCGAGGAGGUCUUCAAUCAGGUCGGCCGCAGAAAUCUACUGCGCCGCCCAGUGCCGAUGAGGACAGAUCCCAGCCGAAGGAACCAAAAGAAAUUCUGCAGGUUCCACGGUGAUGUCAACCACCACAGCAACGAUUGCACCGACCUCAAGGAUGAAAUCGAUAGAGUAAUCUGCGAGGGAAGGCUACAGGAGUUCAAAGCUGAAUGGAGACCUCGAAACGAUGGCUACGGAGGAGACUCAAGAAAAUCCCAGAAGGACUACACCCACGAGGCCAGAGGGGUUUACCAGGAAAUAUUCUGGAGUGUCUCCGCUGCAAAAACCCCAAGAUAUAGCAGUGCCGACGUGGCGUUUAACGAGGACGACGCCAGCGGAGUUCACUUCCCCCACAACGACGCAUUAGUAGUGGAAGCCAUGAUUGGGAACCACACUAUAUGCCGAAUCCUGGUAGACAAUGGGAGCUCGGUGGACCUCCUUUACUCUGACUGCUUGGAAAAGAUGAGGAUCUGA